UCCUGGCUUGCAGUAGAUACCGCCCCAUCAGUACACCGCUUGUCUGCAUCUUCUUCUAUACAUUUAAUUCUCUCCUGCUCUCAAAAUACCGUCAAAUCGAUAAGAUGGAUGCGUUGAUGCACUCCAUAUUCCUGAUUCCUUCUUUAGUUAUAGCUCGGAGGGACUUGGGUAUGAGUGACAUCUAGGCAGUUGACGAUGGAGCGACGUCAUUCGUGUUCAAAGUCAAGUUGAUGGCCACAUGAUGUCAGUCUCAUUUCUCGUAUAUAUAUAUAUCCAGGUCAAUCGCGUCGACUCCACAUUCACCCCUCAAUUAUCCACCAUGGCUACCAUUCUUGACCCUUAUACCGCAAAGGCCGAAAAUAAGGACCUCACCUCCCAACAGAAAAUCGAAGGACUUCAUGAGAUCGUACAAUCCGCGAGGACUGGUAUGCUCACCACAAGGUCUGCAGAUGGCCAUCUCCACUCUCGCGCCAUGAUGCCCUCCGCUCCUUUCAGCGGAACUCAGUUGGUUCUCGCCUUUGUUGCCAAUAACGCAAGCCACAAGUUUGAGGAAAUUGAUAAUGAUUCCCACGUCAACGUCAGCUUCUUCAACACUGACACUACGAGCUGGGCUUCCUAUUCUGGAAGAGCCAAAGCCGGCCGAGACAAGGAAACGAUUGCGAAACAUUGGUCUAGUAGCUUGUCUGCUUAUUUCGGUGACCUCGGGGACGGUAUCCACAAGGGCGAUGAAAAUGACCCUCGUAUCUCCAUAAUUGAAGUGAUCCCCGAAGAAAUCAGGUACUGGGUGGCGACCAAGGGGUCCCUAGGACGCGCUAUUGAUACCGCAGUCAGCGCUGUCACCAAAAACUGCGCGGCACCCGGCGAAUUGAGGACUAUCUCAAAGCCAGAGAUUCAGCUGACACAGCGCUUGCAAUCGACGUCCCGAAUUUACUGUCGCGUUCCAUCGGAAUAUGAAGUUUCGUGGAUUUGGCCGUCAUGUACUUUUAGUAACAUAUGAAUCCUUUACGAGUUUGCCUUGUGGCGCAUAUUUUAUAAUUCUUUGAAGGGAAUCAUCGCAAACUGGUAUCAGGACAUGCGCGUGUCUAUAACUUUUAUAGCAGACCGAGUAUUGCUCAAGAAGACGGUUUCACGAUCCGCAGUCGUAGAAUGAACU